GCUGGCUGAAAAGACGACGACAGUGACGACAGGAUGCGUCCAUCGCCGUCGCCGAAUUGGAACGCCGGCUACGCAGCCCGGCGGUGGCCCCACGGAGACGCUUGGACGCGGCGGCUACUGGCUCCGCUGAGCGCCUUCUUGGAGGCUCACGCCAACGAGCCGCUAACGAACAUUGUGGUAGGCGCCAUUGCCGCCUGCUCGACCUCUUUUGUGACGCACCCAAUCGAGGUGGCCAAGCUGCGCAUACAGCUGCAGGGGGAGCUCCAGCCGCCGAUUGCAGACAGGUCGGCGCGGGCGCGCCCCGUGUAUCGCAACACCCUGCAGUCUAUUUACACGGUGUACCGGCACGAUGGCGUUUUCGGCGUUUACCGAGGGCUUUCGACGAACCUUGUCUACCAGCUACUGGCCAACGGCUUGCGCCUGGGCAUCUACCAGAUCAGCGAAGACCUCGGCUUCACGCUGGACAGAAACCUGGAGCCCAGCAUCCGCCUGAGUGCAGUCUUCGGCGGCGUGUCUGGCGCCUUAGGGGCCUUCGUGAGCUCGCCACUUUUCCUGCUCAAGACACACCAACAGCUGUACUCAUCGACAGCGGCCAUUGCCGUCGGCUACCAGCACGGUUACGGGAGCGCGCUAGCGGCGCUGGUGAACAUCUACAAGACGCAGGGUGUCUGGAAGGGGCUCUGGCGCGCCACUUCUUCGAACGUGCUGCGGCUGUCCACGGGGUCGGCGCUUCAAAUGUCCACCUUCAGCGGCUUCAAGAGUCUGCUAAACACGGCGGUGGAAGGCCGCGAGCGCUACUUCUUCAUCAACACGCUGAUUGCGGCCUUCCUGUCGGGACUCGCCUCGGCGCCCUUCAUCGCGGUCUUGGACGUGCUGCGGGCUCGCAUGUACGCGCAGCCUUCGAACCCGCGUGGCGAAGGCAUAUACUACAACAACAUCCGGGACUGCGUCAUCAAGGUCAAGCAGACAGAAGGGCUUCGAGGCCUGUCGCGCGGCGUCGGCGGUGCUUUCUUCUACACGAUGACGUCGUCCGUCUUAACGCUCGUCUCCUGGGAAGAGAUCAAGAAGCAGAUCGACAAAAUCCGACAACAAUCGGUGCAUGACGUCCAUGAUUACGGCAUUCACUGAGCUGAAUUUCGUGCGUUAAUUGAGAGGAGCGAAGGAUUGAUGCCGUGACAAAGCUCAAGUAUUUGUAUGUAUGCUUUUGCCAAAUAUUCAUACUGUGAAUGGCCUUCCGUCACCCGACGCUUUGACAGUUCUCUGAAUUUAGAGCUUGGCAUAAUCAUCCGAAAUAUUUUGAUGGGGUCUCCUGAAAGUAAGGAUUUAUCUUUCUUUUUUUGUUCCGCGCACAGAGAACGGGAUCCAUAUUUCGAGCGUUGUUUUCCGCGCGAGAUCACUUUACCGUGCUUCGUAAGACAGGUAGAUUUAUGUCAGAUGAAGGCGUCACCGCGGAUACUAUACAUUCUUGUUUAUGCACUUACGUGCUUUGAGUAAGACAGCUUAAGGCUAAUUUAUGGCCCAAUGAUAUUAUUCGUAGUUUUAUAUCCACCGCACUUACUGCAAUCAUUUCAUAAUUUGUAUAAAGUAAUAUAAUGUAAAUUCCUGUAAACAACAAUCUUCUACUUUCUUCUGUGCAA